CUAGACUUGCCAGACUUUUAUGCAUGGAUGUAUAAUGUUAAAUUUGACAUAAUCGCUCAUGCGUUAACCAUUUUUUUUAUUAUUAUUAACAAAAUUACAACAAUCUCAAAUAAUGUUUAUUGGUUAUUAAAGUCUGAUGUUUUAUAUGCUUAGAUUUUAUGUUAAUUGUGCAUAGUUUGAUAAACUUAAAGGAAAAGACGUAAAAUUAAAUUGAUGCUUACAUUACCACUGAUAUCUUUAUUUUAAAAGUCCUGUUUUGUUUACAAUUUACAUUCCGUUAUUUUCAGUACACACGUACAUUCAAUAUUUUCAAACACUCUACGUUUAAAAUACACUGCGAUAGUAAUUCAUAAAUUCGAUCUGUACAUAGUAAGAAAUUUUAGGUUAAAUUCAGACAUUAAUAUGGUCAGUGGUUUAAAGUCUGAGUGCUCCUUUUCAUCAUGGUAUCCUCAAUUUAAUAAAAACUCUUUGAAAGCCACUAUUCUUCACAUUCCUAACGAGGUAGUUGAGUAUUUAGAGCAUGAUGCUUUUCUGCUACCUGUUGAAGCAACAAAUGACACAUUAGAAAAUGCAGAGUGGACAGAUGGAUCUCCAGUAGUGAACGAAGAGCAUUCAGUGGAAUCUCAACCAACGUUUCCAGAGUUUAGUCAGAAGAUUCAAGAUGUUUUAGAUAAUUAUGGUUCAGUUUUUGUUAAGAGCAAUUGGAGUUCACCUUCGGAUGCAACUUGGGUUGCACCAACUAAAACUCUCAAAUGCAAAACAUUAGAAGAGGUGUAUUUAUUAUUAAAGAGUUCAGAUAGAAUUAUGAAGGACCUGAAUAGCGUUAGAAAUUAUGCAGAUCAGGAAUCUCCUAUGAAGGCUUGUCUUGUACUAAAGCAAUGGCAAGAUAUCAAUCCUUGUACUGAAUUUCGAUGUUUCGUUAUAGACAAUGAACUUAUAGCAAUCAGUCAACGAGACAUAUCACAGUACCACAGCUACAAUGAGUCAGAGAAGUAUAAUAUACAAAUAGACAUCAAAAGCCUGUUUAUGGAGCGUAUUAAAGACAGGUUUCCAUUAAGCAAUUAUUCGUUCGAUGUUAUACGCUACAAGAAAGACAAAGUGAAGAUAGUCGAUUUUGGUCCGUUAGAUGAAUCCGCUACGAAAGGAACUCUAUUUACGUACGAAGAAUUACAAAACAUAUUAAACGACGCUCCAGAAUUUCGAUUUAUCGGUGAGGAGAUCGGUAUACAACCGAAACCUCCAAAUCACUUUUGCAUUCCGCAAGAAAUAAGUGAAUUUUUCCAGUCGAACGAAAGUUCUACGUUCCUCGAUAUUAUUCAUCGGGAAGUGGAGAGUCAACGAAAAGAAAACGAAAGUACCAGUGCAGAUGCAGCGGAUUAAAUUUGAUGUGUAUACGAUUUUUGUUUACAUAGGUACCUACGAUAUAUAUUUUCCAUGCAUAUAAGAAAAAUAUUUGAGUGGGAAAAAUCUUCUUUUCUCAGGGGGAGAGGGGAAUGUUUUCUUACCUUUGAAUUCCACCAGACGAAUAAAUGAAUAUCAAACGAGCAAAUAAAUAUGCCCUCUGAGAACACGUUUAAAUACAGAACUUUCACUUUUA